AUGAAGUCACUUCCAGAUAGAUCUCAUAGAGAAGAACUCGCAAAUUGCAUAACGCACGCAAUCAUGAUUCCAGUAGGUAUUGCAAUUACCAGUUAUCUCGUUUAUUGCCGCUGGGAAUUUGAUGACCCAAUUGGGAAAUUCGGAUUGAUAAUUUUCGGGAUCACAUUUUCAUUAAUGAUGCUUAACUCCUCUGUUUAUCAUUAUGCAAGUGAUCUGUUUUGGAAGAGAUUUUUCCGCUAUAUCGAUCAUUUCUCAAUUUUCAUUCAGAUCACAGGCGCAUUCACACCAUGUGUCCUUCUUUGUGCCAAAAAUAUAUAUGGAUAUGGAAUCUUGGCAUAUCUAGUCACCUUUACCAUUAUCGGCAUUAUUUCGAAAUAUUUCUUCUUUGAUAAAGUAUUUGGCGGAUUCGUCUACCUCACAAUGGGCUGGAGUACUAUUUUGAUUUAUCAGAAGAUCAAAUCUUACUUUGCUACCCAAGAACUCCUUUGGUUCCUUUAUGCUGGUAUUUGCUACUCGAUAGGAGCGGCAUUCUAUGCAUUGCAAAAAUCACGUGAAUUUAUGCAUACCGUAUUCCAUUUAUUCACCGAUAUUGGCGCCUUAUGUCAUUUUUAUUGUUUAUAUAUGAUGAAUAUCAGAACAAUGCAAGAAGUACCUAUUUAA